AUGGCAUCAGACGGGCUUGACAAACAAAAAAGAUUGCUGCCGACGCCGGCUCAGAUCGGACUGCCGAUGUACUCUAAUUCCCAGAACCACGCGUUGGGGUACUACCCGCAGCACCAGCAGCACCAGCAGCACCAGCAGCAUCAACCACAACAACAACAGCAACAACAGCAACAACAGCAACAACAUCAACAACAGCAACAGCUGCUGCACCAGCCGCAACAAUUGCAUCAACAAUUGCAUCAACAAUUCCAACAGCCUCCGAUCAUGCAGUCCCAGCUGCUACCGCAAUCGCAACCUGUCCAAGGCCUUCCGCAAGGUCUGCAACCACAUUUCCCCGAACGAUCGAGUUUGGCCGAGAAAAUCCACAAGGAGGUGGUGCAGCCGCCGUUGGCCUAUCAGUCGCCUAAUCCUCGAGCAUUAGACCCUGUGCCCCUCAAGCGGUCGCGCAGGCGGUCAAAGUUCUCGAGGGAGCAAGAUGAACUGAUAGUGCGUCUCAAGCAGGAAGGCCAUUCGUGGGUUGAAAUUGCAGAGGCUACAGGUGUUGGAAACUACUUAACUGCUCGAAACCGUUAUCAGGUGCUGAUUGGCCAACAGGGUGGAACCAAUUCGGAUUACUCUACCCAAGACAUAUUGGUGUUACAGUCUUUGCUAGACCAUGGCGAGUCUGCCAAAUGGGAGUAUCUGACCAAGGAACUCAAUAAGCGAACGGAUAAGGCCUUCGAUGAGAGAUAUCUACGUGCCACGGUAGCGCGACUGUUUUCUACCAACCCUGAGACCUUCGGAGUUGACGAGAGGUACUAUCGUGAGCUGCUUAGGCUGAAUGGUAAGGAUCCGAACGAUGCUAGUAGUCGGUCACAGUCUUCGGUGCUACAGCAGCCCCAACAACCUCUGCAACAGCCUCCUCAACAAAUCCCUCCUCAGCCUCGGUUUUUAGAGCUCGAGGAACGCUUCUCAUACCCCGCACACCGCUACCAACCCUGGCAGAUCAGAGAUCACGAUCUCAACCCCAAUGAAAAGUCUUAUCCGAGACAAUAG